UACCUAGCUGGCCCAGAAGAACUUGUCAGGAAGCAAGCACCAAAUAGGUGGUAAAAUAGGCACGGCUAUGGGGGAACAGCAGUUUCAUGCUCACUGGGCUUCUCAGUGACCUCCAAGAACCAAGAAACACCAGAAGAGGAGACUGAAACUGCCUCUCUCUUGCUCAUUCUUCAGUGCCAGAUCACAUCAGGCUGUAAGAUACCUGAGGACUGUUUGCAGACUGCUGGAAGACAAGAGACGGAAUCACCUAUUGUAAAAAACUCGAACAUAAAAAGGUCUUCCAGUGAUCAUCAAAAUCAUCAGCAAAGUAGCAGAACCUGUCAGUCGAAGUUUGUGUUCGAUUCAGUGCAAGUCAUCUGCCUUGUGGGCCUAUCUGAUACUUGGAUCAAAGCUGAAGUGCAGUCAGAAGGAAAGAAGGAAGUGUUCAGAAGAAUUGAAACAAGGCUGGAUUCUCAGAAACACAAAGAACAAAUCCAUUUCCUCCGGGCUGAUGCAACUCUGAAGAUGCCAGUAAGGGAUGAACCAAUUCUGAAAUUAUUUUGGCUUGUAUUCUCUGACAGUCUCUGUUAUUUUAUUGUCCUCCUUUAUUCUUUUUUAAGUGAAGUGAGUCUGCAGAUCUGUAAGUAUUUCGGAUUUACUUGGCUCAAAGGAUGGAAUAGGCUUGCAAGGUCUGUGUUCAAACCCAUUCUCUUCACAGGGAUGCUUCUGGGAAGGACAGACUCAUUUUUACUCAGCUUGCUUGGGUUAGUGAGUGAAUGUAGAAAUGGCAAAGGGAAUCACCUGAGGGCAGAGAGGGGAAACUGUUAUAGUUACCACUCUGGGAGGAAAUAAAAACUGAGUUUAUUAGCUCAGAGUGGGACAGUUUUGAAAAUGGUUUUUUGUGCACGGAGGCCAGCAGAACUAUUCUGUGCUGAGGAUAGGCUCAUUUGUAGGUCUGAAGUGGAUCUAGGGCAUGCUUUACUCUGGAGCUGGAAAGGAUGUCUUCUGUGGGACAGAUUUGAAAAGUGAAGGACAAGCUGAAAGUUUCUUAAUCCCUUGACUACUGAUUUGAGCCACAAGUAACACAGCUCCAACUGUGUGAUGGACUGAAGUAUAUGCUCCCCUUCUAUUUAAAAAGCACUCUCUCCCAGUUAAAAAUUAUGCUGUUCAUGCACUAGUACUAAUGUUUGAGAAACAGUGGCCAGCUUUCUGAGCUGCCCAGGGCCUAGCUGAAUUCACAGCUAAAAUUCUUGUGACUCAUGGACAAUUCUCUUCUAGCUUCCUGGUGAAGUUGUAGAGAAAAUGCUGCUAGAUAACAAACCUUGACAAUAGCAUGAUUUGGAAAGAAAGCUUUGAAAAUCAACUCUUAAUGUAUCAGAUAAAACUAUGUGAGAUGCAAAGCUAGAGUUCACUCUUGACAAUGAAUUCUUGUAUUGUGAGUGACUGACUAUAGAAAGACUUGGGAAAAAUCUGAGUCUCCUGCAACACAAAGAAACCUUGAGAUAAAUGAAAGUCAUUACAAAGGAACCAAGCUAAAACUGUUCAACACUAUAAUUUAGCACAGUUUCAUAGAGACUGGGAAAAGUCAGUGGGCUUAUCCUUACUGCAGGUUGUACCAAGAGGGAGCCAGAAGAGACAUCACAAAUGUUAAAUGCCACAAGUGUGUACUGUCAUCUCAAGGGCCUCGGAAUCUUGGAGAUUCCUAAGAUUUGGAAGCAGCAGUCCAACUGCAAAGGGUUUAUAAGACUGACACUGAACUGGAAAGAUCUCCUGGAAUAAUCAAUUAACAAAAGAAAACACUGAAUUAAUUAAUCAAUCCUCAAUAAAUCAAUGAAAUCUUCCUCUAUGUAAUCUCCAAAGGCAUGGCAUUGCUUCAGAUGACUCAAGCAGUGAAUGGGACCACUUUGUUUUUAAUCCCCAAAAUAAUGGCAUUAAUAUUGGAUUAAAUUCUGCUAAAUAAUUGUGCUCAAGCUUCUUUCAACCAAACGAUUUGAAAUGCUGCAGAAGGUUCUCGCUGAGCAGAGCAAAGUUGUCACUUCUGGAGUGUUAUCUGAUCCAGGGAAGAUCUUUCUUAUGAUGGAUUUCCUCUUGGAAAUAAGCAAGGCAGCAUCUUGCCAAGUGCCUGGCCCAAGCCCCACCAAAACUAGAGAGAGAAAAGAUUUCUGUUGACUGAAAUAAAUUUUGCUAACAGUUGGAUUUGGUCAGUUUGGAACUGAGAAUAGAAACUUGCAGAGACGAUGCUUUGGAAUUGCAUAAAUUAAAGACUUUGUAAUCAGAGCUUGGAAGUGGAAGGAGAUUCAUGUUCCAUAGUUUAAAAAUACAGACAGCUGCUGAUUCCUUUUUUUGCUAUUAAAAACCCCACAACCCAAACACAUACACACACACACAAGACAUAAUUCAGAGACCGGUCAUUUCCCAGUCAGACUCCUUCUAGAGACACUGUGGGAAUGAACGGCUAUCACAUCUCCCUAGAUGUGGUAUGCAAUACUUGGUAACAUGAGGCCCUCCCCUGAGUGGAUAAUGGGAUGGUUGGACUUCAGAUUUUGCUGUGUAGGGUGAGCAGGGGGGAGAGAUGAGAUAAGGGUCUGAUCUCUGGGUAUUUACAAGCAGUGUGGUUUUUUGCAGGUGCCUGCUAGUUUCAGGCUGAUCUGAAGCACACUGCCCUCUGCAGUGUCCCCUUUGUUCCUGUGGGCAUUUGCUUAAGCCCACAGCAAAUGUCCUUUUUGGCUAUUUUUCCAGGGAGUUGUAGCUGAUCCUCUGCUGAAUCUGGAGCCUGAGAUACUUAGAAAUGACACUGAUUCUUUCAAGAAAUGCCCCCACCUCAUCAAAAGUUGCCAGGGUUGGUGAGGUCCUGUGGCUCCUUCCAUUCUCUGCUGUGCCUGCCAGCGUAGAUCAGCAAGGGUCAACUACAGGAGGAGGCCUGGUAAUGCAGAAAUCUGCAAGUUGGGAGCAACACUGAUUUUCCUGGCAGUGGCUUGCUGCCAUAUGCACAGGAGCUUUUGUUAGCUGUCAGCCUGAAUGGAAUGUCAGUCAUUCCCUUGGAGCCUGAUCUUCAGAUCACUGCACUCUGAGAGAGGGCUUUUGGCUUUGUCUUCAUAAAGCAAUAACUCGGGUCUGUGGAAGCUGGAAGCCUUAUUUUUAUUUUUUUUUUAAUAAGCCCUUGUGAUAUUUAGUCCCCAUGUGAUUUUCUUUUUCAAACUCUGCAGAAAAGUUUGAACCCUUUGCAACUGAUAUGCUACCAGUUUUUUUUAUGGGACAGUUUGGAUCACUUACCAUGCUCUGGGUCAUCUGUCACUUUUGCUGGCAGGAGCCAGAUUUCCAGAGUGGAAGUGGGAUGAGUUGCUAAGGGAUGUCUUGUGCUCUAUAUCAUUUCUGCAUUCACUGAUGUGCAACAGAUUUAUCUGUGUAGUUCAAGGCCUCUCUGUACCAGAUGAGUUUGUACUGAAAUCUCAGACCAUACCACAUGUUCUCCUGGAGAAGACACUAAGAUUAUUGGUAUUCUUUUUAAAAUAGUCUUCUUCUUCAACAGCUAAUGCUGAUUUUCUUCCCCUCAGCAUCAAAGAACAAUUGCUAACUACAUGUCUUUCUUGCAGAAAUUCAAAGCAGUGUUGCACAGCAUGAUUCAGGCAUGCACACAUGGUAGAACUAGAUGGAAUUAAAGACAUUUGUGUUCAUCCAGUUAAACUACUGGUUCCUUUUCCUUUGACUGUUUUUUAAUAUACUGGCCACACAUUGUCUCUAACCCUACCAUGCAGCCCUCCUUCUCAUCAUCAUGCUCAAGGUGCUGAACCUUUUCUUCUCUUCUGUUAAUUCCCUCACUAAAUUCUGGUUUUCUUUCUACUGUAAGGAGAUGCCCUGAGCCUUGGUUCCUAUCUACACAAGCAAGUAAAGCUGAUGUGAAGCAGAAAUACAAUACAAUACAAUACAAUACAAUACAAUACAAUACAAUACAAUACAAUACAAUACAAUACAAUAAUCAGACUGGAGAGGAGGAUGGAAUCCAGCCUUCCCAGCAUCUCUCUGCUUCUUAGUGCUCUUAACACACCAGUGUAUGCUCUAUUCCUACCCAACCAUAGUAAGGCUUGCUAAUCUGGUCCCUGUCCACUAUGGACAGCUGUUUUCCUCUGUGGCAGCCUCUUCCUGAUGCUCUUGUGCAGUGUUUCCAGCUCCCCCUCCAUCCCUCUCUGUGAUUUCCUCAAAUACAUGCUGCUGCAGUAACCAAGUCCAUAGGUGACCUCAGCCUUGAGGUUAUUUAUGGCAGAGGUAGACAUUGUCCUGCAGUGCAGCUGCUCAUUGUCAGAGCUAAAGAUCCUGAGUUAUGGAGCUCCCUGGGAGCUUAUGGUGGUAGCAGUAUUCCCAUAUCAUGUGAGAUCCAGGUUAAAUAUUGAAAGGUUUCCUUGGCAGUGAGGCUCUGCUCUUGUGUCACUAUCCUGUCUAGGCUACCCUGAGAGAUCCCUAGUAAAGGUGAGGGCAUAGUCCUCCCACAAAAAUGCCCCAAAGAGCAGCACAGGGCUGAAAAUCAUCCCUUCAGUCAGAGACAUGACAUAGUUGACCUCUCCAGGGUAUUUUUACACCUAUUUCACACAGAUUCUCUUCUUGUUGGCAGUUAUGCCUUUUCUUAAUACAGAACUUUCCCACACUGAAGCCAUAAAGUUGACCACAUCAUCUUGGGGUUUUUGUCUGCAGUUUGGUCAUCCCCUUUCCUCGGCUGCUUCUCCAUUAGGGAAGGUAAAAAGCAGAAGAGCACCUGCAGUCACUUGCAUCUUGUAGGACUGGUGCAGGUCCAUUGCAUGUUUCUAGGUAACUUUUCAGGCAGAUGUUCAUGAGCUCAGCAAUGAUGUGACUGUGUGUAUCUGUGUGUGUCUGUGUGUGUGCAAAUCACCCAUACUCUCUGAGGGUUUUCAGGGGGCCAGCACUAAACAUUUCAGAAGUCACACCUCCUGCAAGAUUCCUAACCUGAGAUGCCCAAAGCAACAUAUUGCAAAUUUCUUCUCUGGUUUCAGAUUCAUGACUUUGCGUUUCCUACUUUCAGUCAGCAGACUUCACUUGGCGAAAUACUGAGGUAAACGUACGAAAAAACUGAUCACAAAUGCUACAUGAAUCCAAGUGAUUGAUGGAAUUUCAGCCAUUGACUAUCAUAGCUUGUGUUAAUCUCCAGGUGUUGUAUUAACACUGAGCGAUUUCCCAGUUCUCAUUAGCAAUAUGCUUUGAUGGGGGUAGAAGGUAUUAGCUGUACUUUCCCUUCAGUGAGCUGUUUAAUCAUUGGAGCUUACUAGCAGUGGGAUUUGGGGGACUUAGGUGAUCACAAAGAGAAUUUAGAGUAAAAUUCUGCAGUACCUUCCCUCUGGCUUCUCAGGGAUGGUGCACAGGGGAGGCAAUGGGUUCAGAGCUGCUCUGUUUCCCUUUUAAGCAGCACUGGUGUCCUCCAGUGAGGACUAAGCAGGAAGCUGCUGCCUUCUUAGCAAGAUCUUCCUGGUUUUCAGGAGCACACUCAGCCUGGCUCUCCUGCAGAUCAGCACAUGCCAGUGAACUUGUUGUAGCAUGUUUAGCUGCACGUUCUUGUUGGCUUACUGAGGUCUGAUCCAAAGCUUACUGCAGAUACAGGGAAGGUUCACGUACUUCUUCAGUGGCCUUUGGUCUACUCUGUGGAGGCAAAAAUACAACUGUGAUAGAUACCUGGGUGAGUGAACCCUAUAUUACCACCACAUUUCACUCUGAGGAGAUGGCAAAAGGGAUUCUGCAGCCCAACCUUGUGCAUCCCAGAGCAGUAAAAGCAAUGUGAAUCCUACUUAAUAAGUAAUUCAAAAGCACUUUCUGGUUUGUGAAUCAUCUGCAUCCCAGAGGCUCUUGGGUUAUGAGACAAGAACAGUGCAGCUUCUAUAGUAAUUUCUACCUGCUCACUGGGCUGCUAGCCUGCUCUGGCCUUAAUUUUGAGCUGUUCUUUUAAACUGCUCUCUGCCACUAAGCAAUUUUCAUGUAGAGAUCUCAGACAUGAAGUAAUCCUCCCAGCUUUUCUAUUAAAAAAGCCAACUACCAUUAAACCUGUUUUACAGGUGGGUAGGCUGAGCUCCAGUCUGCCUGAGAUCACAAAGUGUUAUUUAAGGCCAAACUGCCUGGUCUGACACAUUCCUGCAGCAGGGAUGGCCACUUUUCUUGGAGGAAAAGAGUGCCCGGGUGGAGGGAGAGCUGGCCUCUGUUUGUGUACAUGCUUUGCACAUGACUGUGAAGCACAUAAACCUCACUGGCUGCAUGGCUGGAGUCCAGGUGUCCCUCGGAUGAAGAUGCACGUGUAGGGUAAACUAAAAUGCCAUGCUGAGCCAUCCAGCAGGUAGGAAUACUCAGCUCUGCCUGAUUGCUUAUGCCUGAGUCACCUCCUUCAGCAUUUGCCACUGCCUAGCAUGUUAGCAUGCUGCCUGCUGGAUAAUAAAUGACUUCAUCUGCUGCAGCAGUGAGGAUACUAUUAAAAAUUAACCCUGGGAAAUGGUCCUGCAUAUUUUUUUCAUUCAGACCCAGACAAGGGGGAAGAGGAGAGGAAUGCUGUUGAAAUGGGAUUUGCAGAAAAGGCAAGUGGUGCAGUAACAGAAAAAUAAAUUCAAUUUGCAGACUCCUGUCAUCCUCCGGAUUUUUGGAUCAGUCUCUCAGCCUCAUUCAUUGCUUCUGAGGAUGAACUUCUAAACACCUGCUGUGGUCGAAACUGUUCUUACAUCAUCUCCUGAACACAGUGACUUCAAUCACAUGAAAUCAUGAGGUUAAUGCCACAGUCGAGACUUCAAAGCUGUUUCUGCAGACCUGAGCUGAUUUUUCUUUGAAAAUGCUACACUAGCUGCUAGUUCUUAACCAACAGAAGAAUUACCAAAGUUGUCAGUGUUCUGCUUAUCAUGCAAUACAAGAAGAUGGGAAAAUUUUCUAGCAGAACUGGAGUCUGGGUGGGGGUGGCAGUAUCGCAGGAUGAGUUCUCCACUUAAUCUCAGAUUAGUUGUGAUUUGUGUCUUUUUGUAUAAAAUGGAGUUGAAUAUUCUUGUUCUGUAUUAUCUACUUGAACCAGAUGACCUUUAAAAGGUCCCUUCUAACUCAAACUAUUCUAUGAUUCUAUGAAAUUGUUAGUUGUGCUAGAAAAGGGAUUCUCACAAGAAGAAAGGUGAUUACAGGGCUUACUAAUGAGGGUAAGAGAUCAGGCUGCAAGGGGAACUAUCUUCAGAGAGACACUUUGAGCAAUCUUUCAGAAGGGGGGAGACACUGAUACAUAUCUAAAUGAGUCUGAUAGGUUAUGUGCAAGAGCAGAAAACUUUCCUCUGACCAGAAAGUUCCCUCUGGUUCUGUGUUUCUGAGUUGUAGGACAAUGAAAUUCUUAAAUGUUAAUUAAGCAAGUAGCAACAGUGAUUAUCUAUUGAUCAAUAAUAUUAAUUAUAGUCUGGAUUCAUUGGAUGUUGCUUGUGACUGAAUAAAACCAGAAGAACAGACAAAUCUCUUCUUGUAAAAUAAGACUCCCAAAGGAAAAGCAAGUUUUUCUAGGCUUGGCUUUCAGAGGAGGCUUCACCCAAUUCUUGUUCAUUUGGGUAGCACCAAUGGAAUUAAUCCAGAGUAACACAUUUUGUGAAGUUCCUGUGAAGGUGAGAUCAGAAUCGGGUCCAGUGUAUCCAGAUAGGUCCAAAGUAUGCUAAUUGUCAAUACUAAGAUUCAAAAACUUUCUUGGAUAAACUGAAACAUAGCUUUUCUUUCCCAUAAAGCUUUAUGAAUGUACAACAUAGUUCCUGGAUAGACAUCACAGCAGCUCCACAGUUAUUAAUUUACGGAUUUCUCACUGACCUUAACUCAGCUCUGGGAAUGGUGCCAGCACAAUUACAGUAACUCUGAAUAAAGAGACAUAAAGCUUCUGGAUCUACCCUGAAAUUGUGCCAGAAUUUUCUCUUCCUCAGUGAUGGAAAGAUGCAUUUCUUCGAUUGGUUUCAAAUAGUUCAGACUGCGUUAGCCAUAAGUAGAUUAUUUCCAGCAAAAUAAGGAAAAGAAGAAAAUUGCCAUGCAGAUGUGUGAUUCACAGACAACCUUUGGGAAGUGUGUCCCAAGAAGGUGUAUGUUGGGAAACUGAGUCAAGGUGAUUUGAGCUAGUUACCUGGAAAAAAAAAAUGGCAGCGUUGGGAAUAAAAUUCCAGGGGCAGAUGCUUGGUUCAGUAUUGUUUUCACUGAAUCACACUGCCUUCCUGGAGCACAUCAAGGCCCAUUGCCUUCCUUCCUGUGAAGAUGGGCAGCUGGAUUGUAAUGACAGCAGGUGGAGCUGAGUGUGAUCAUCACCUUGGAAAAUCAGGCCCCUGGUGAUUAUCCCUGGUGUUAAUUGACCGUCAGACCCUGCAGAGGGGAGUCAACACAUUUCCUGACCUAUGGUCUAAGCGUUUUCCAAACCCUAGAGUAAAUUGAAUGUAGUUAUAGAGGAAAUGCUGAUGCAAUCCCACAUCCUCACAAAGGUGUGAGGGGGUGACUUGCAUGCAAGUAGUGCAGUCAAAACCCCAGCAGCUACCACGUAGCAGGCAGGACUCUGUGCCUUCCCUCCUGACCUCUUGCCUUCCUCCCUCAGGGAAAAACACCGCUAAGGGCUGUUCCCUAGAAAAUGCUGGGGACCAUCCUGAAGGUAAACCCCUGAAACAGCAGGGUUUUCAUGUGGGACCACUGGGCACCUAGGAGGAUGUGACAGGAAUCACAUCUUCCUAGGUGCCUGAUUUACAAAUCCUAUAUUGAAAUGUGGAAAUGUUGAUAUCUUCUAAGUGUGGGUGAGAAUGGUAAGAGCUGCACUCCUGCACUGAGACGUUUGAUGAUGUCACCAACAAAAGUUGAACCACAUCUGUUGGAUCCAGAUUAUUACAAACUUCAUUCUUACAUGUCUAAUCGUUUGACAAUUCUGGUCUGGAAAUUAAUUUUAAUCUGUUUGGGUUUUAGUUGGUUGUUUUGGGGUUUUUCUUUGUCGUUUUUUUUUGUGGGUUUUUUUGGUUGUUUUUUUAACACAAAAUCAUUUGGUGAAACCAGCCUUGUUACCUGCCACAAGGUGGAUUUUUUGCACAUGCUGCCGGCAUGUGGGAUCACCUUUGUGCAUGACGAUGUCCUUGGUUUUUCAUCGGCCGGCAAAGGUUUUGGAUGUUGUGUGGAACAGAGAUGUCCCCAACCCCUCCUUCAGCCGUGUGAUCACCUAUCACCCAAAUCCCACACAGGUCCUGCUCCUUUCCCGUCCCGUUCCUGUUCUCAAUUCCGUGCCCACCCCUGCUCCCCCCAUUUUGCUCCCGCUGUUUGCCUUGCCGCUUUUCCCACUGCAAGCACGCUGCUCGGCUACUCCUAGCCCGGAACCCUUCCUGCCUCGGGAGGCUCUCCAGGCUCUCCUCCUCCUCCUCCUGGCGCGGGCAGCGGGCGGGGCUGGUGCGAUGGGAGGACGACUGGCUGGACGUACGGACGGACGGACGGAUGGAUGGGCGGGCCCGGGGGCCGCUCCAGGUGCCGGGGCCGCGGCGUUGCCGGGCGACGGGCGGCCGCUGUCGCUCCCUCCCCGCUGCUCUCCCCUUCUCCCCGCGGCCCCGGCACGGCCGGCAGGACAUGGUACAAUUAAAUAACACUAUGAGCACCUGUCAGUCAAGAUUAAUGAAGAUAAGCAGCUGUGACUACUAAAUUAAAAUCUCUGUAGGAGAGGAAUGGGAAAUGAUGCAGAACAGCAGUGGCAUUGGAAGAAAAGCAUGUUGAGAUGGACCUGAAGUGGAAUCCUGACAGAGUUUCUCAUCCAGGCUCAUCUGAAGACCAGGAAACUGAUUUGAAUUGGCAAGGCAACACAAAUCCCAGUCCGAUGAUUAAAGAUGAUGGAGAGCUGCUUAUGGAUGAACAUCUUUCCCCCAGGAAACUGAAAAUUUUGGCAGGGGUAGAUGAUCUGCAGCAAGUGAAGGCCCUAGAGAUGCGAGUAGACACCAGAGAGAUGAGCUUGGGGAACUUUGGUGUGCAUCUGCCGAAUCUGAGAGAACUGAAGUUGAACAAUAGCUUGCUUGUAUCUGUGAGGGAUCUUGGAACAUCAUUGUCCCAUCUCCGUGUCCUGUGGAUGGCUCGGUGUGGGCUCUCAGAUUUAGAUGGGAUCUCUUCCUGUGGCUCUCUAAAAGAACUCUACAUUGCUUACAACAAUAUCUCUGACCUGAGCCCGCUGACCUGGCUGGAUCACCUGGAGGUUUUGGACCUGGAGGGGAACAAUAUUGAGGACAUCAACCAGAUGCAGUACCUGCGACUUUGUUGCAAGCUAAGCCACCUGACAGUGGAGGGCAACCUUAUUUGCCUGAAGCCAAAUGCAGAAUCUGCAGAGGACCCAGACUAUAAUUACAGAGCAGAAGUAAAAAAACUCAUUCCCCACCUGAAGUAUUUGGACGGGAUACCAGCAAGCCAGACUACUCUCCUUCCUUCCAAGAAGGUGCAUGAAGAUUCUCUAAUCAUCAAGGAAUCCAUCAAGGAAGGUGGUUUAGCCAAAGACAUUUCAUGGUUAGAUCCGUAUCUGGGGGAAGUAGCAGAGCGGUCUGGAUGCAGCCCAAAACCCCCAACAACUUCCAGACCUGGAAAUGCACAGUGCUCUGCUAAUGUAGGGAUUUCUAGUGAUGCCAGCCUCUUGGGUGGUGGCUGUCCUCUUCCAGAUCCCACCAUUUUUCCUGAUAAGCUGUUCACAAAAGACGACUCCAGUGAUUUGACACAUGGACUCUGUCAGGUUAUUUGUGGGAACCCCGCCAAGGCCCUUCAUGUGAGGAGGCAAAAGCUAGGUCCACCUGCUGUGAGCCCUUUGAAACUGUCUGGUCUGACAACAGAAGACCUUUCUGGCUCUGGAGGAGGAAGAGAUCUGCCUCAGGAAAAGGUGUCCUCUGACCUGGGAGCAUGGAUGGAGCAGUACAGGGGGUGCCUGCAGACAGGUCAGCAAGAACAAGCCAGCCAAUCACUGAAGAGGAAUAAAGGUGAAGACUGGAGUUUGACUGACAGCUUAGAAAAUGAGUUGAGGGAGCCCUGUGAUGAGGACCUCAUUGAAAGGAUUUCACUUGACCCUUCUUCCCACUCCUCCUCAGGUUCAUCACAGGCUCAGGAGGGUGCAGUGUUCUCCAACACAAAACGUUAUCUAAUUCCAUCCCCUCCAAAAAUCCCUUCAUCUGCCUCUGCAGUGGAUGUUGCAGCAAGACCCUGGAAAACAAGAAAUCAUAGGGGCAUAAAAAUACUAAGCCAAGAGGAGGACAGACAGUGUACACAGAAAUGUCAGUCAAAGGCUCAUCAAGAGAAUUCAGCCCAGCCUCUGGGCAAAGAGCCUGCUCUCCUGGGCCUGCACAGCAUGAUGGCUGCCUCUAGAUCCCAAGGGCAGUGCCAGCCUGUGGGCUGCACCAGCCAGCCAAGGCUCAUUCCAGGACCAGCAGCCAUUGGGUCACCAAGGAUCAGGCCCAUCAUGGAUGAGAGUCCUUCUAAAGAGAUCAACCACCAGCAUCCAGCUGCCUGCUCCUCCACAAAAGCCUCACAGAGGUUUAGGCCAAUGAAUUCUGCUUGGCCCCUGACUGCCGCGUCCAUUCUGCAGUCAUUGCCUCACAAAUCCACUGCCACAAAAACAUCUCAGAACAGAAGUCCUCAGUCCUAGAAGGUACCCAGUUGCCAGCAUGUGUUGGAGCCAUGUACACAGUGCAGCCAUGAAGGAUCAAUGCUGUCUUGCAGCUUCUUCUGCAAGCUAAACACAGAGCAGUUCAAACAAUUAAUGUGAUUUGCCUCAAUUCAGGAUACAGCUGGUCCAGAAAUAUUUUAAGAGCAACCACUGAUCAACCAAUGAGCUAAUGAAUGUCUUAUUACAGAAAAAUGUGGUUAUUUUUGCAACCUAUGCACACUAAAACAGAACAAAUCCUAUCAUACUUCCUCUCAUCCACACCAUGCCCAGCUCUGUGAGUCAGGCAGGGACACCAAACAGAGCAGAGCAUGGAGCCUGCUGUCUGUGGAGAGGGCUGGAGGAGGUGACCUACCAGCAGCCAGCAGUGUGUCUUUUGCAGUCCUGGAUGUUAAACAUGUGAGGGCCAAAACCAGGGGCUUGAGAGGAAGUGUUGACCAGAGCAGGUUCUAAGGGAGGGGUGGUUCAAGAGUUUAUGCCCCUACAGGAGCUCACCCUAUUCACAGGCAUUGGAGGUUCUUGUAGGAUGCAUUGCUAUGGGAGCAAAUGCUGAACAAGUGGCUUACCCCAAUAUUAACAUGUUGGUUUGCUCCUUAGCUACCUGGAAGGAUUUGUCUCACUUCCUCUGAAUAGACAUUGCAUUCCAGAAUUUCUCUAGCAGAACUGACUUCUGUCACCAGGUGUCAGAGCAUCCUCUGCAUGUGUGUUUCACCUCCAUCUCUUUUCUAGCAUUCUCAGAUCAAAUAGACUUUCCAAUGGAAAAUUAUAAUUGGAUAAUUUUAAGUGAUGAUGCUGCAAAGCAGGGGAGUAAGGGAAUAAUCUCUUUUUUUUUUUUCAAUAAAAAGAGACCUCCAUGUUCAGGUAAGGUCAAUAAAAAGAGACCUCCAUGUUCAGGUCCAGAUGUUUCGGACCUCCAUGUUCAGGUAAGGUCCAAAACAUCUGUUUUAGUGACUGCAGUCUGUGAGAUGCUGUUUCAAAUGACUGUGUCUUUCAACUUUAUUGAUGUUGCAGUCUGACACCAAGCAUCAUCACACUUCUUCCAGUUUAAAUUACUAUGUUAAAUUACAUUUUUAAAAUCAGAUUAUAAAACAGUAAUUACUCGAUGAGUUAAUGAAUUGGUUUAUGCUUCCUUUCUGCUGACCAUCUUAACUUAGAGAAGCAGAAUAGACAAAGCCCUAAACUUCCUUUUUGUCAUGGUGCUCGUUGCACCACUUUAUCUUACAAAACAGUCUGGAGCUUAAAGCUAGUUUGCCCAGUUUUGGUGUUUCCUAGCAGAAAUCAUCUAUCAAAAAUCAUUUAAAACUAUGUGGUAAGUGAUUUUAUGCAACACUAUGGAUGCAGGCAGGAUUUCUGCCAUCAACAGUGCCUGUGUCCUUAGGUAGGCUCCUAAAUCUGACUUUUUGCCAGUGUCACUGAUGAUACCAUCACACACACAAAAAAACCUGGCCUUGUAAAAGAAAGAAGACACUGACAGCACUGACCCUUCUCUAUACCCGGGUUCCUCCCAGGGGGUAAUGUGUAGAACUGUCUUCUCCAGAUAUUCAGAGCCUCCUUCUCAAUCGACAUCUUUCAUUUCAAAGGGGUGGAGGGGGAAAAAAAAUCAGUGGGUGUGUAAACUGGGUCUGGACACGAGCAUCUGCAGAGACAAAACUCUUGGUAUGGAUCUGAAAAGUCUCUCAAAAGCAUAUGUAGUCUCAUCUUGCAACAAACUCCACGUGGCUCUGUAUGUGCACAGAGCAAGAAGCUUCUCUGAGCUGGCAGACAGGAUGUGGAGAAAUGCUCAGAAAAAAACAGCUCUGCCCUAAUGUGUGGGAAAUCAGUGCCUGAGUGCUUCAUCAAAACCAUUUAGCUCAGGGUUUCCUGCUGUAUCUUCCCAUCAGGCACCCCAGUGGUAAACUCUCAAGGCUGCAGGCUGAGUGUGACCUUCAGAACAGCCACCCCACCCCUCAUUAGACACCUCUGCCCCUCUGGUGGCCUAACCAAGGCAGUCACAUGCUGAAUGGUGGUGUGGUGUGUUCCAGGGGCAGGAGGAAGUGUCCAGAGUGCCUGUUGAUCACUGCAUCAGCUGGUGGCCCAUCCAUCAGCUCCUCAGGUGCAAAUGGGCAGGGACAGCCAUGUAUGACAGGCUGGGUGCCAUCUGCUCUUGUGUCUGUGGGGAAUUAGUCCAGAACUGAGUGGCCAACCUGUCAUGCAUGGAACAGCAGAGAGGCUUGCUAAGAGAGCAAGUUAGUGAUCACAGCCCAGUUUGAUGGGGAAUAAGGGCUGAUAGCCUUCUCUCUUCUCUCUGCCAGUACUUGGUGCACCUCAUUUCCCAGGGCUUGGCACACUGUUUUUCUGUUGCAGUUUCCAGGACAAGGAAAAUAAGCAGGGCCAUUGCUGUCUGGACAGCUAUAACGGAUCCACAGGGAAAAUUAUUGCCCUGGCUUAGCCUCUGCUUGUUCAUCUUCCACCUUUUUCGUUUAGAAAAUGGAAAAGCCAGCCAGGUCUUUAAUAGGCUAAUUAGGAAAUGUAAAGCAUGAUGGGCUAUUUGGGAAUUCAGUUCUCUUGGCCCAAAAGGGAAAAAGGGGAGUUUCAUUGUAUGGGCUUUUUGUCACCGUUUCCUCUGUUAAAAUCACACAUUGGUCCCUUGAAUAUAGACAAAGUCCUUUAAUGAAUGAGCUUAUUCCCAUCCCUGCCUCUGCAGACUCUUAAUGUUUGUCUCAGUUGUUUCUUUGCUUCCAGUUGGACGUGACCAGUUUCAGAUAUACAUUACCAGAGUCCAUCCCCUCAUUCUUGUAAUGGGCCAGGAGCUGCUGAUGCCUUUAAGUAUCUCACUGCCUUAAUGGGAUUUGCUGCUGGCUGCCAAAUUAAUAUCUAGUGUGUAAGCUGGAGAGAGAGGACAGAAGUGCUCCCUCACCUAUUAAUAAAUCAGCACUGCAAGGAAGAGUUUUCUGCUGGGAGCCAAGUCUCACCAGUACACGCUACUAAGGGAGGGGGUGGUUACAUGAGAACAGGUGCCCUGCAGGGAGCUGGGCUCAGAACAAAGGGAUUUGGCCCAAAGUGACAAUGCUGCAGCAUUAGCAGAAGCAUGAUCUGUCCAGGAGGCCUCUCAGCAUCACUUAACUGGUGUCCCACGAACAGCCCUGCUGGAGUGGCUGCUGCUGCCCUGCAUACUGAAAGGCUCCACUCAGCCAGAACUUAAAAAAAAACAUGGGAGAAAGAAGUAGGGAGCUGUGUUAUUUCAGUGAGUAGGAAUCAUCCCUCCCCCUCAAGAGGAGCAUGUCUGGGACAGCAUCCCACCCAGACAAAUGGGCCCUGACAAGCAAAGGUAUCUGCUCCUUCUCAGCCUCGGAUUGGGUUCUUCUCCUCCCAGCUCUGCAGAGCCCAGCCCAUUGUGGACACCUUAGCAUCCCAUUUAGGAACAGGCCAAAGGAGAUGCUCACCCUGUCCAGUGUUCCCAUGGCAGCUGUGUGCACAGCCCCAGGGCUCAUGGCUGUUUUGCUUGUUGCCAAGGCCAUUACUUUCAUUGAAGGCCUAAGAUUGCUUUGCACUUGGAACAAAUUAAUCUUCAUUAAAGGAUGAAUAGAAGAUAUUUUCUUUGGCUGUCGAGGAGAAAACACAGGAAAUGUUCAGGAAGGAAAAUGCCAUGCGUGUCCCUUCAAAUACACACCAAUGGCAGGCCAACUCAGGAUCAUUUCCUACACGGUUCCUUGGCUUGUUCAGAGCCUGCCAGGCUUGUCUCCUUGCCAUGGGCAGUAUCUGCACCCAUAGCAGAACACAGGUGCUCCUGGGGUAUGAUGAGUCAGAUGGCUCAUGCUCCAGUAGUGUCAGUCUCUGCACUGAUCAAACAGGGUUUGUGAUGAUGGCUUAGAUGUCUGCUUGGUACACCAUCUGUUGCCAGGUGAGAUGAAUCCUGCCCUGCAAUGGCUUUGUCAUUACUCCAGAGAAUCCUGGCCCUGUUUUUAUUGUUUUGUUCCUCUAAAAUUACUCCAGGAGAUACUGGAAAUGUCCUGGCUGAGACAAAGAGUCAGCCUUGGAGAGUGGAUACAGCGAGUGAGCACUGGGGCAGCAUGCCUCAGUGCACGUGGCUUUUUGAGCCAGUCUGGGAAGCUUUUGUACCUUCCAGAGAGGCACAGGUGGGGCAGGACACCAAGGAGGGCUUCUCCUGGACUGAAUUCAAGGUGCCAGAGCAGACCCUGAGUUGGUGGAGAGCUGGCCUGGUGCAGGUGCAUCUGGGAGGGCUGAUCUGCCCCAUCCCCAGGAGAGGGGGAGGUCUCUCCUCAAAGAGAAGGAUUACAGCUUCUCUUUUGGAAACCAGUUCAGCCAGCUGGGAGGUGACCCAAGUGAUGGAGAUCCUACCCUGGAGGUCUCUUGCUGUCACCAGAAAUAAAACAACCUUUCAGUGACAGCCUUGAUCCAGCCUUAGGGGCACUGCAGUAAUUUCUAAUCUCUGCCCUGGUUUCCUACAGCCCAAGAAGAAAUUAUGUGAUAUGAGAGGAGGUCUAGCAUGGUCUUACACAGGCAGCAAGUGCAGGGGCUCACUCUCACCCAUCCCUCAAAAAGGGGCUCCUCACCACACUGCCUUCAGAAACCUCAUGGCUGUGCAUCCCCAAGUGGAGUUCAGAGUGAUUGUACUAAAAUUGAGGUAGUAAUUAAGAUAAUAUUUUAAGCUGCCAGGAGACAACAGCCUUGCAACAGAAUCCUCCUGCAUGGCACAGCAUAAAGCAGAAAAAGAAAACGUUGCAUUACUGGCUGGGGAGUUGUAGUAUCCUUUAUAGAUAUAAAAGCUGUGCCUGAGGAACCGAGUGAGUGAAAAUGCAGGCAAGCAGGUGCCGCUUUUGCUGGGUUUGGAGGGCAGGAGGAAUGCCUCGGAAGGGACGCUAGAGGGAAGAAGAGAGUCUCACAAGUGCAACUUCCAAAAGUAAAAAGACUCGAAAAACAAACCCAAGCAGCUCCAGGCCGUUCAGGAGGCGUUUGGCACUCAGUGGGCUCAACAUUUUCUUUUUACCUAGCCAGCAUCCGGUGUGCUGGCCUCGUGUGGUGCCCCAAAUGCACUAUGCUGGUAGUGGCUUGCUGUAUCACACACCACUUCAAUGUAUUUGGAAAUAUUUUCUUAGGAAGCCUGCAAUGCCCACAAAGUGUAGUGGAGAACAUCUCAGACCCACUUUGGCACUGGAAAGCUGAGGUGCUUCUGGGGUAUUAUAGGGCAAGUCCAUAUGAUAAUGCUGUGUGCAUCCUCAGCAUGUCUUAAAGAUAUGAUCUUUGUCUCAGCCUACAGCUACAAGCUGCUAACAGGCUCAGCAGGGAUCUUGGCCCUCUUCCUGAUGUCAGGAGAGCACUGGAAGACCCUGGCAGGUUACAGGGGCUCAUCCCAAGGCCUCAAUAUCUUCCACCACCCAGCCCAUGUAAUUUCUAUCCCAGCCCUUUCCCAUGUGGAAGCUGUCAAAAAUCAAUGCCCACAUUCUUACUGCUGCUGUGUGUACAGGGUCAGACCCUUCUUCCCCAACAGAGAGCACUAGCCCAGUUCCUUCUCCAUCCCUGGGCAACUUUGCUGCUGCAGGCUCCUGUCAGCUGCAUCAUUCACACCCCUGGGGACACUUAGAGCCAUGGCAGGGACCUGAAGGUGAGUACCCCAGCAGCUGCUUUCUCCUCUGCAGCCAAACCCAUCAGCCCUGGCCGUGCUGCCUGCAGGGACAGUGCUGAACAUGUGCUGCCUCCUGGUCAUGCCCUGGAGCCAUCAAGGCUGCCCAGAGCGGGGCUGUGUUGGGCUUGUGCUGACCAAGGGGACAGCAAACAUGGCUCUACCGCCUGCCACGUAAAGGACACACAGAGAUGUCGGGUUCAGGGGAGAAAGUAGAGGUGGAACUGCUGUGGGGGGAAGCAGUGGAAGUCUUUGGGAGGUCUGUCCAGCAGGAAGGCACUUGGUGAGCAGAGGGGAAAGCACACUGCAGCGGGCAGCACGGGGGAGAUGGACACACCAGCAGCUGGGGUCGGGCUGGGAGCAGCAGCAGUCCUGUCACAGCAGGAGAGGCUUGUUCUGCUGCAUCCGAGGUGGAGGCAGUAACCAGGCUGGGCUGAUGGAUCCCCCUCCAGCCCCCUCAGGAGUGGAGGGAUUAGAGCAGAUCAUGCUGUGCCCAGACCACCCAAAUGACUGCUAUGUCUUGCCGGGGCAAGCACCUUUCAGGGUCUGGGUAUGGACCUGUUAGCCCUUACCAGAAAAAUGCUGCACACCAGGAACAACAAUCAGGAUCAGGACAAGUCAUCUUGCCCAGGAGAAGGGGAUUUCCUGGGAUUAGUCACCAAAUCUUCUCUUCAGAAGGUCAGCCCCAAAAGCUGCUAGGGUCUUCCAAGCAAUGUUUCCUGCUACCUCCCUAGGUGGGGCUUCACAGUGAUAGCAAGGGAUUAAAAUAUUUAGAGGUCUUGUAGGGUCAAAGCAACAAGUACUUUUUCCCCAUGGAUGAUCACUAACAAAAUUAGUUUUUAAGUAGGGAAACAAAACCAUCUCAAACCCUAUAUUUUACCUGACUUCUCCUAUCCCUUUUAUCUAGUGUCAAUUUUGGUGGUUUUGAAGAAGAAAAAGAGACAUUUUACUUUUCCCUUUCAACUGCUGUUGCCCAAUCCUGAUUUUCUUUUUUUUUUUUUUUAAUUAUGAACAGUCCAGGGGAAGCAGGAAUCCAAACACAAACCUGUGGAUUAGAUUAGUGGCAUGUAAAAACAAAUGAGAGGCCCUUGCUGCUGUGGGAAAAGCAAUUACCUUAAGAUCUAGAAAUUUUGCAAGUGAUGUACAGAAGAAAGAGAUGGACAGGGCUGCCAUGUUGUGCUAGCAUUUGGGAAGGUGGCCAAAAAUGCAAGAGGCAGAAUGUGUGUGUGCAGUUCUGUGUGUGUGUGUGGAUGGCUCUGUCAUCACUGCCCUAAGACAAAGGCAGAGGGCUUGGGAGUUCGAAUGAGAGCUGCAGGAUUAGUUUGGGAUGCAGGAGUGUUGCAGGCAGAAUAGAAGUUUCAUUCAAGGUUUGUCAUGGAGACCUUCCCAUUGAGCAACAAGGGUCAGAAAGGCUACCCUUGAUUUCUAAACUUCUCAGAGAGGAGUCUGGAUUCAAUCCUUGGUCAAUGGUUUAUGCCUAAAGAACUAUAUAGGUGUAAUUGAGCCUUUAUACAACUUUGUGCUGCAGAAUUAAGGAUGGAUAAC